UCCCAGCCGCGGGGAGCGCGCUGCGCUGGGGCCGAGCCGGGUAGGGAGGCCGGUCCCGCGGGCGGGGGCGGGGCCGGCUCCGCGGCUUCUCCCGCCGCCGCCGCCAAGGGGAGUUUCCAGGAAGUGGCCAUAUUGAAUCCAUUCAGCCGCAGCCGCCCGGGCGGAGCGCGUCCCGCAGCCGGCUCGUCCCCGCCGCGGCCCCGGCGCUCCCCGCAGCCCGCCCGCCCGGUGCGCAGCUCGCCAUGGCGGCCACCGACCUGGAACGCAUCUCGAACGCAGAGCCCGAGCCCCGGAGCCUGUCCCUGGGCGGCCAUGUGGGGUUCGACAGCCUCCCUGACCAGCUGGUCAGCAAGUCGGUCACUCAGGGCUUCAGCUUCAACAUCCUCUGUGUGGGGGAGACCGGGAUUGGCAAGUCCACGCUAAUGAAUACACUCUUCAACACGACCUUUGAGACCGAGGAAGCCAGCCACCAUGAAGAGUGUGUACGCCUGCGGCCUCAGACCUAUGACCUCCAAGAGAGUAAUGUUCAUCUCAAACUGACCAUCGUGGAUGCUGUGGGCUUUGGGGAUCAGAUCAAUAAGGAUGACAGUUACAGGCCCAUCGUUGACUACAUCGAUGCGCAGUUUGAAAACUAUCUCCAGGAGGAGUUGAAGAUCCGCCGUUCCCUCUUUGACUACCACGACACGAGGAUCCAUGUUUGCCUCUACUUUAUCACGCCCACCGGGCACUCCCUGAAGUCCCUGGAUCUGGUGACCAUGAAGAAACUAGAUAGCAAGGUGAACAUAAUUCCCAUCAUUGCCAAGGCUGACACCAUCUCCAAGAGCGAGCUCCACAAGUUCAAGAUCAAGAUCAUGGGUGAGCUGGUCAGCAACGGAGUCCAGAUCUACCAGUUUCCCACCGACGACGAGGCUGUUGCCGAGAUCAAUGCAGUCAUGAACGCACACCUGCCUUUUGCCGUGGUGGGCAGCACAGAGGAGGUGAAAGUGGGCAACAAGCUAGUUCGAGCACGGCAGUACCCCUGGGGAGUGGUGCAGGUGGAGAACGAGAAUCACUGUGACUUCGUGAAGCUUCGGGAGAUGCUGAUCCGGGUCAACAUGGAGGACCUGAGGGAGCAGACCCACAGUCGGCACUACGAGCUCUACCGGCGCUGCAAGUUGGAGGAGAUGGGCUUCCAGGACAGCGACGGCGACAGCCAGCCCUUUAGCCUCCAGGAGACAUACGAGGCAAAGAGGAAGGAGUUCCUGAGCGAGCUGCAGAGGAAAGAGGAAGAGAUGAGACAGAUGUUCGUCAACAAAGUGAAGGAGACGGAGUUAGAGCUGAAGGAGAAGGAGCGGGAGCUCCAUGAGAAGUUUGAGCACCUGAAGCGAAUCCACCAGGAGGAGAAGCGCAAGGUAGAGGAGAAGCGCAAGGAGCUGGAGGAGGAGACGAAAGCCUUCAACUGCAGAAAGGCGGCCAUGGAGGCCCUGCAGUCUCAGGCCUUGCACGCCACUUCGCAACAGCCCCUGAGGAAAGACAAGGACAAGAAGAAUUAAAGCACGCACAGAUUUACAUGUCGAGAGCGGACUUUAGACUUUCAUGUGUUAAAUUGCUUGAGUUACACCUUGUGACCCUUCUCCCAUAACAUGGUGUGAGGACGGACUGGGAGCCGGUACAGACUCCAGUGUUUACAGCCUUUGCCUUGUCCCCACCUGCUGGCCCUAGGCUGCCUGGGCCUGGCCAGCGACCCCUCUCUAUGCAAAUGCGUCAAAGCCAUGAAUGCUGGAAUCCAAAACUGACAAGGUUUAUUUUUUCCAGAGCCGGUGGCUGGUCUUCCAUUUACAGUGUCACUAUUCCUUGACGGAGCAGUUAUGUGCCGCUCUAGUGAGGGCCCAGCCAGCAAUGCUGGGCCUAACUGAUCAUCGUCAAAGCCGGCGACUCAUGUGGUGCCCUAGGCGUGGCCUGUGGUCUGGUAUUUGCAUGCUGCAGAAUUCGCCUGGUUCCUCUUCAUUUUAAUUUUUCUAACCUAGAGAGCUUAAUUCCAAUAACUUUUUCCACAGUCCUGAAUUUUUAUUUUGGCACCAGCCUAAAGACAGAUAAUGUCUAUAUCUUUCAUAUUUUCAUAAGUAACACAGAUUCCCUGAAAUUUUUUUUUUAACUAAAAAGAUCUCUAAACCUCCUUAUAUAGAAAGCACCCCUAUAAUAUAUAGGGAGAGGUGGGAAAUAAAGUUCCUAUUCUGACAGUGUUUGGGACUUCUUUAUGGACGGAAGUGGACCCCGAAUGAGACCACGCCCGCGUUUUUUUUUACUGUGAAUGUAAAUGGAACAACAGCCCAAAGCCCUUGUCUCUGCCCUAGAAGGUGCUGCCUGUGACAGGGACCAACUGCACGUGUGUUCAGUGUUUGACUCAAAACAGUUGCCUGCUCUCAACCAGCGUGUUCAGUGGGGAGAAGGCUGUCACGUCUAGCUCAUUAUUACUUCUUUCCUGGGCCAGUCACAGGGCAAGGAAAUAAAGGUGUCUAAAGUAUUAGGACAGUUUGAGAGGGAAAGAAAACGAAAAGGAAAACGAAAACUUAGCAGCCAAGAUCUCCCCCUUCUAGCUGUGCUUUCCGUGUGUGGAUCCUUAAGAAGUUGCCUGACAGGUGUGAUGACCUGUGAGUUUGAAAGCCAGUUUGAAGGCCUUAGUUACAUAGUGAGGUAGAGGCCAGCUUGGGCUACGUGAGUCCCUGUCUCAAAAACAAAAUAAAAACAAGGAAAGUACUGAAAAACACCCACUUUGCUCUGUUCCCGAUGGUUUGCAAGCCUCAGGGUUGAAAAUGGGGGUGAAAAAUAAUGUCCUUAGCACUGGGGCAGCACCAGGCUGGGUUCCGUGCUCCCCCCAACAUAUACUUCAUUCUGAGGAGCUGAUUGCCCGGAGGGCCCCUCACUGAGAACCUGAGGGGACCACACUGAUUCUGCUGCAUUCAGUUUUUUAGCCUAUCUGCUGCCCCACCACCAUUUCCCCCUUUUGGCCAGGCCGGCGUCACUUCUCCCCCCACCGGUGUGGCUUCUUCCUGUCCUGGUAUGAUGGUUCAUUCAGAGUGAGCUGGAAGGGAAGGGUGUUGUGAGUGCAUUGAGGCAGGACUCCCCGAAGGCCGCCUGAACCUGUGAGAGGCUCCCCACAGCAGGACCAUAGGAUUUGUCGAUGCUCUGAGGAAACCUCCUCCAUGACCGGGGUGGAUCCUGGCUGCGAGGCUGGACACUGAUAUUAUUUACAAAGACUGUCUUAAGAAUAUAGAAUUAGGUUCGGGCCUUAGAAGCUUCUUGAGUGUCACAGCUGAUUCAUCUCUGGUUAUGGUGGAACCAAUGCUGGACCUUGGUGUGUGAGGCAGAGGCGAACUGUAGGCCAGUGGCUCUUCUUGGGAAAAUAUCUGACAGAGAGCAUGUUCAUGUCGGUCGAAGCCUGACUGUCAGAGCAGCCUCUCCUAGCCAUAUUCCAGAGACCAGGAUGACCCAGCAGGUCCACUGGUUGUAUGAAUAACAGGACUGCCAGCUUGUAGUCCAUGCUGGGAACUCGGGGGCAGCCAAUUCCACCACUGUCCUCUGCAGCUUGCUAACAUGGACGUGCUGUUUAUGGUCGGUGCCUACCUUGGCCCAAAGCUUACCAGCAUCCCUGGACCCUGGAGAGACCUAACUUGCAUUUUCUAGGCUCUAAGUUUUCCCCUGUGGAGACCAUCAGCCGUGGCAAGCUCUUUUCCCGCUGUGUGGGAUUUUGUUUUCUUUAGCUGAGGUUAACUUAGUCUUUGGUGUGCAAGAAAGACAUGAAGCUUGCCUAUUGGUGUUGUGACCCCGUGUACAGCUGGGAUUCAUUCCUGUUUUGUUUUGUUUUUGUUUUCUCCCUGUCAGUUGUCUUCACAAGGACUGCCAUAGGAGCAUGUGGCCAUUUACUGUCAUGUCUCCCCUUUAGUCAUUUUGUUUUGUGGUAGAAUCACCAUGUAAGUUAUGGUCCAACUUCUGAGGGAGAAAAGUAAUCAUGUCAGAUCCCUAGGCACUCAGGAGGCUGAGGUAGGAGGAUCAAAAGUUUAAGGCCAUGUCAAAAUAAAAUAAACAAACAACAACAACAAAACACUGAGCAUGUGCCUCCGUAGCUAGAGAAUGUGCCUAGCAUGACUGGGGACCAGGUUCUCGCCCCAGCACUCAGAAAAACAAGUCAACAGCCAUCAAGCACAUGUAUCCCAGGCCAACCAGGAUGUCCGCUCUCCCUCAUCCUGGGUGACUAGAAUCCCGGCAUCUUGUGACCUGCAGACUGGCCCCGCAUAUGUUGCUGUGUGCUUGUGUGGACUCCCCUUGUCUGGGGCUCAGACUGGGUAAGAGGAGGCCCAGGGAAGCCAGCUUGCUUGUCUGUUAUGUUACCAUGCAUUUCUAAAAGCACUUCAGUUGUUAAUCCAUUUACUCCUCCAUCCAUUGACUCGUUUCUGUUCCUUUCCAUCCACUUUGUACUCAUUUGUUUUCAUUAAAUUUUGCAUUUAUUUUGA